AUGCUAGAGUUAGCAGUUUUUGAAAAAAUGCCGGACCAAGUGAAAAUAUCGCAUGAAGAACUGGAGAGCAGUGGUUUCUGUGAGAAUCCACUGUUUGGGUGCCUCGUGGCAGAAGUACCUGAGGAGCAUAAAUCCAAAGAAGGAUUCACAGUUGUCGGAUAUGGACUUUACUUUUACACUUACAGUACCUGGAGGGGGCGGGCAUUACAUUUGGAGGAUCUGUAUGUGAUGCCAGAAUUCCGAGGACGUGGCAUAGGCAAAAGUAUGCUGAGCAAAGUUGCUGAGGUGGCGAAAAAGAUGCAGUGUGCACGCUUGCAGUUGUCUGUGUUGAACUGGAAUACUCCUUCUCGAGAUUUCUAUGCUGCUAAAGGAGCUCAGGACCUCACAGCCGCUGAAGGCUGGCACUUAAUACGAUUUGAUGGACAAAGCCUUGAUAACUUGGCAAAUGAUGCACCUAAAGAUUAGUCUUUUUUCUUGAAUGGGUUUCGGUGGCAUACUGCCGGUCACUGGGGUCAUGGAGCUGAUUCACUGCCAAAACCAAGAAUAUAAUGUUUAACAAAAUGUCCAGUUAUUCACAAAGUGACCUGGUGGACUUUGCAAAUAUAAACUACCAUUCAUAAACAAAUGCAUUUUUGUUUUUCAAAGAUAAAGCUUACGUGUGAGACAAACAACAUUUCAAAAAACAUUUCCUGCAAGUGCUUGAAACUAUUAUUAACUAUAUAUGAAAGAAAUGAGUGCUUUAGUUUGUGAAUGGUGUUUUAUAUUUGCAAAGAGCAACGUUCUCUGUUUGUGAAUUAUUGGUUAUUUGUAAAACAUGGUCUGUUAGUAAUUUAGCUCCACUGGGUGAUCAAUGUUAAGUGUCCAUUUUCAUCCAUUAAUAUAUCAUGAUAUACUGUAUAGACCUAUAUAAAUUUCAAAUAAAAAAAGCUUUAGAUUACUUUCUAAUUGGACUAUAUAUUAUCAUACAAAUCUUAGUGAAAUAAACAAGGGAUUCUCUGGAACCUUUGUUCUCAAUCAAAAAAUCCACUUGAUCCAGCAGGGUUUUCAUUGUAUGGUUGUUUUUGGUCCUUCCUAUGUAGGAAAUGUCACAAAUAAAUUCACUAGUGAUUUGUUGUAAUUAAAAACGUCCUUAACAUCCAAAACCAAUCAUACUUACGCAGUAUGUUUUUAAUUUGAUUAGAAAUACUCUAAUUUAAUACAUUUUCAAAAAUGGAACACAAGAUGUGACAUUAUUUGCCAGCAUGUUUUGCCUCUUGUAUGGCUGUGUUCGUAAAUGUUUAAAAGGAAAACGUUGACUUUGACAAGCUUCUCACAUGCAGUUAAAUCCCAGAUGUGUUACCAUUUCUUUCCAGCAGGUGGCACAUUGAACUUUUUUUUAUGAUACACAUUUUGAUUCAGCAUGAUCUAGACUGUGAUUCGUCUGUGAUGAGCAAUAUACGGUAGUGUAGACAAGGGAAAGCUGGAUUUACUUAAAUGUUAAUUAAAAAUUAGUUAAAUUAAUUAAUAUCAACGUUUAGAAUGUGUGAGAGAGGGAAUACUGGGAAAUGUAAAUGGUCUUAAACUUCACGUUAAAUUCCCUGAUGGUAAAUUAAGUUAAAGGAAAGGAUGACAUGCAACAACCUUUGUAACCCAAAACUCCUUUAUUUAAACAUCUCUAGUCAUCCCUUUCUAAUCUGUAGUGCAAACUGUUUGUGAAAAUGACAUUUAUUUGUGUAAAAAAAAAAAGACUCACAAAGUCAGCCAUAUGAAAACCCCAGUGACAUUACAUUUGAAUUACAAGCGAGUAUUUUUCUUGGGCAGAAAUUUCAAGCAGGGUACAUGGAUUAAACAAACAGUUACAACA